AUGUCACCGGAUGACACAAAUAAUUAUACCCUUGGCAGAAUUAGAUACCACAACAUUGUUAUCGCUGUCUUGCCUGAUGAUGAAUACAGAACCGCUCCGCGACCACGCGAAAGGCAUAACAUUCUCCUAGGCGAUAUUGUAGUCAGUGCGACCCGGGAAGGUCAAGGUGGUGUAUUCCAAUAUGAGACAAUGCAUAAUCGGUUCUUCCAGUACACUCAACCCCUCAAUCAGUCCCCGACAACUCUCCGCACUGCAUUGACGAGCGCAGUCACAGUUAUUUUAAACCGAAACACGGGACUUCAACAAGAGUAUAGGCGGCUGCCGGGCAACGCUGAUACACUGUUCAGAGCUGAAGUGACCCAUCACUCCAAAGGCCCGAUUCACUAUGGGCUCAUCACCUCUGCAAAUCAAGCAAUGGAAAAUACUAUCCGGUGUUUGAAAAUGGAGGCCGCAGGGUUGAUGAAUCAGUUCCCUUUUGUUGUAAUUCGCGGGAUAUGUAGCCAUGCAGAGUCACAUAAGAACGAGGAGUGGCAAGGCUUUGCAGCAAUCACAGCAGCUGCAUAUACGAAUGAUAUACUUCGAACCCAGUAUUCUAAACCUAUUUAG